GGAAGCUUCGGACAAGGCUGUGUUCUGUUGUUGUAUUUAGUCAUACUCAUCAUCACUGCAACUUCGUCAGCUCUGAUUCCAUCACUACGUCGUCUUUAGCGAAAAAAAUACUUUUAUCUCCUACUACCUUCCGCUCUACCCACUACCCUAAACCCUCCUUCUUCAAUUUAAUAUUAACCCAACCCACAUCUAUGGCCCACAAUCCCUUAAUUACCUCUUUUACAAAUUAACCGAAACAAAUGCAAUAAAACACACUAACGUAAAAAGUAGAAAGUAACUAACGGCUCAGAUUACUCUAACCGGCACAGAUCAACGGUCCUCACUGUUUUACUUACUUAAACAGUGACGCAAUGCUUUGCUGUUUAUAGUUUCUCAUUCACUUACUACUACCUAAUAAACAAACAGUAGAGAGAGUAUGUUUUGUUUUGUGUUUGUUUGUUACUUCUAACACUGAGACCAGACCUUGUCUGCUUUUACUUUUCAUUUUUUUGUUUUUGUUUUUGGUUUGGUUCUUCGUGUGUGUGUGUGUGUUUCUGUCUCUGUCUCUUUCUCUCUCUCUCUACCUGACUCAAAAUUCUCUGGUUUUAUCGUUUUCCUUUUAACAGAUCUCACUCUUUUGCCGGUAAAUAACCGGAUCGGAGUAGAAUCUUCUGGAAUGUACUCUGUUGUUUGAUCUAAAACAAGUAAGCUCUCCGUCGCCAUGGGUCAGUGUUACGGGAAGACAAUUCCCGGCGCCGAUAACGACCGUGAGCAAAACACAACCACCAUAAUUGCCACUUCAGAAGACGGCAAUCGGACUCCGUUACCAUCUACCCCCAACGGGAUUCCGUCUGUGAAAAAUACGCCAGCUCGGUCGUCUUCCCACGCUAGUCCAUGGCCUAGCCCCUACCCUCACGGAGUAAACCCAAGUCCGUCGCCAGCUAGGGCGUCUACGCCCAGAAGAUUUUUCCGGCGGCCGUUUCCGCCUCCUUCUCCGGCGAAGCAUAUAAGGGAGUCUUUGGCGAAGAGGUUAGGGAAGGCGAAGCCGAAAGAAGGGCCAAUUCCAGAGGAGAGUGGUGUUGAAGCUGAUUCACAGUCGUUGGAUAAGAGCUUUGGAUAUAGCAAGAAUUUUGGAGCUAAGUAUGAGUUGGGGAAAGAAGUAGGGAGAGGGCAUUUUGGUCAUACUUGUGCUGCUAGGGCCAAAAAGGGUGAUCUCAAAGAUCAACCUGUUGCUGUUAAGAUCAUCUCCAAGUCUAAGAUGACCUCAGCAAUAGCAAUUGAAGAUGUUCGUAGGGAGGUGAAGCUAUUGAAAGCUCUGUCAGGCCAUAAGCAUCUUAUCAAAUUUCACGAUGCUUGUGAGGAUGCCAAUAAUGUGUACAUAGUUAUGGAAUUGUGUGAAGGUGGGGAGCUUCUUGACCGAAUUUUGUCAAGGGGAGGAAGGUAUACCGAAGAAGAUGCAAAAGUUAUAGUUUUGCAAAUUCUAAGUGUAGCUGCCUUUUGUCAUCUUCAAGGUGUGGUGCAUCGUGACCUGAAACCCGAGAAUUUUCUCUUCACUUCAAGAAGUGAAGAUGCUGAUAUGAAGCUUAUUGAUUUUGGUUUGUCUGACUUCAUUAGACCAGAGGAACGAUUGAAUGACAUUGUUGGGAGUGCAUAUUAUGUUGCACCUGAGGUUCUUCACAGGUCUUAUAGUGUGGAAGCAGAUAUAUGGAGUAUUGGUGUUAUCACCUACAUUUUAUUAUGUGGAAGUCGACCAUUCUGGGCACGAACAGAAUCGGGAAUCUUUCGUACAGUUCUCAGAGCUGAUCCUAACUUUGAUGAUUUACCUUGGCCAUCUGUGUCUCCAGAGGGCAAGGACUUUGUUAAAAGGCUCCUAAACAAGGACUACAGGAAAAGAAUGACUGCUGCUCAAGCUCUAACUCACCCUUGGUUGAGGGAUGAAAGCCGUCCUAUCCCUUUAGAUAUAUUAAUUUAUAAGUUGGUGAAAUCUUAUCUUCAUGCGACACCAUUCAAACGGGCCGCUGUAAAGGCCCUUUCAAAAGCAUUGACAGAGGAUCAGUUGGUGUAUCUUAGAGCGCAAUUCAGAUUGUUGGAACCAAAUAGAGAUGGGCACGUCUCUCUCGACAACUUUAAAAUGGCUCUUGCACGUCAUGCGACUGAUGCAAUGAGGGAAUCAAGGGUUCCUGACAUCAUACACACUAUGGAGCCGCUUGCCUAUAGAAAGAUGGAUUUUGAAGAAUUUUGUGCAGCUGCAACUAGCACAUAUCAAUUGGAGGCACUUGAUAGGUGGGAAGAUAUCGCUUGCACUGCAUUUGAGCAUUUUGAGAUUGAGGGAAACCGUGUGAUAUCAAUCGAAGAAUUAGCAAGAGAGCUAAAUCUUGGUCCUUCGGCGUAUUCGGUUCUCAGAGAUUGGAUACGACAUACUGACGGAAAGCUUAGUUUACUUGGAUAUACUAAAUUUUUGCAUGGCGUGACUAUGCGGAGUUCGCUUCCAAGACCUCGUUAGUCUUGAGUCCUUUGGCACAUAAAGUUUGGAGGAAAAGAUUUAUAGGUUUAUUUAUAGAUUUUAUAAAGAUUAUUUUUUUUUCUUCUUAAUUUAUCUUUCGGGGUGGCGAAAAGUGGAAUGUGUAUAAAUGAAUGUGUUGGCAAAUAUGAGAAAUGUUGAGUAAAUUUUAUGUUUAAAAUCCCCACCUUUUGCAAUA